AUGUCUUUUGACAAAAAGUUCCAAAUCGAUUCUGUCGAUGACAAAGUUGAACAAUAUGAUAUUGGGUUAGAUGAUGAAAGAAACAUAGGAAUUGACAAAAAAGAACCAAUAGCUACGGUCAGGGAUGUAUCAGAAGCUGAAGAUUCUGAUAGUUCUUCGAUCUUUGGUGAGGAUCGUCAUCGUUUGAAAGCUUCACUUCAACAACGUCAUAUUCAGAUGUUAGCAUUGGUUGGUGUUUUCGGUACUGGUAUUUUUCUUUCAUCUGGUGGUGUUUUAGCUACUGCUGGUCCAGCUGGUAUGUUCAUAGCCUAUUCUUUGGUUGCAAUUAUUGUUGGUUUGAACCAAAUUGCUUCAGCUGAGGUUGCAUCUUUAAUGCCUGUAACUUCUGCUACUUUGAGGCAUUUGGAACAUUUCAUCGAUCCAGCUUGGGGGUUUGCCAAUGGAUGGAUUGGUGUUUGGGGAUCGAUUUUGCCUGGUGAGAUUAGUGCUGCUGCUGUGAUUGUUUCAUAUUGGACUGAUAUUUCUCAAGCCGCUUGGAUUACAAUAAUUAUUGUUUUAAUUAUUGCGCUCAAUUCAUAUAAUGUUAGAUUUUAUGGUGAGGUUGAAUUUGUAUUUGCAAUGAUCAAAAUAUUACUACUUAUCGGAUUAAUCAUUGUUUCAAUUGUUAUAACUUCAGGUGGUGGUCCAAGUCACGAAACUAUUGGAUUUAAAUACUGGAAAGAUCCAGGCCCAUUCAAAGAAUACUUAACCACUGGAAGCUUAGGUCGAUUUGCUGCAUUCUGGAAAACCUUUUCAGGUGUGGUCUUUUCAUUUGGUGGUGUACAAUCUGUACCUUCAUUAGCUGCAGAAGUUAAAAAUCCAAGAAGAAACAUCUUCAUAGCUUCUAAAAGAAUUUUUUACAGAGUCACUAUCUUGAUGAUGGUUACAGUAUUUUGCCUCACGUUGAUUGUACCUUCUAAUGAUAAGUCAAUUGCAAACUCAACUGGUAAUGCUCAACAUUCACCAUUUGUUGUUGCUAUAAAUAAUGCCAACAUAAAGGUCCUUCCCCAUAUCAUCAAUGGUGCUGUUUUAACAUCUGCUUUUAGUGCUGCUAAUUUAUCAAUUGUUGGUGGCUCAAGAACUUUAUUUGCUUUGGCUGUCAAGCACCAAGCUCCUAAAAUCUUUUUAAAGACGAAUAAAAGAGGGUUACCAUGGGUGGGGUCUUUAUUUGUUGCCAUGUUCUUUCCAUUGGCUUAUAUGAAUGUCUCUUCAAGCGCUGCAAACAUUUUCAAUUGGUUUCAAUCCUUGGGGUCAGGAAAUUUAUUAGUAGGAUGGAUUUUCAUAUCAGCAAAUCAUAUUCAUAUGACUAGAGCUAUGAAAGCCCAAGGAAUCUCAAGAGAUCAGUUACCACACAAGUUCAGAUUUGGUCCACAAGCUGCUUGGAUUUCAGGUGGUGCUUCAUUAUUGUUGUUAUUAACUGGUGGAUUCGUGAAUUUUGUUCACGGGAAGUUUAGUGUUGCUAGUCUCUUCUCAUCAUACUUUAUCAUCCCAUUAACCUGGGCUUUAUAUUUCUUCUGGAAGUUUUUCAAAAAGACUAGAUAUUACAGACCUCAUGAAGUUGAUCUUGCAUCUUUGUUUAAAGAUGUAGAGGAAAAUCCAGAAGAACCGGAACCACCGAUUAAAGGAUGGAGAUGGAUAACAUUACUAUGGUCUUGA